AUGCGAUUAAAAAAAAAUCAUUGUGCUUCAUGUUACUCUUUGUUACUGUAAUUUCAUUCUUAGAGAAGGUGGUGCUCAUCUAGCUCACUCAUUAGCGUUUGGACGUGGGUUCUUGAGCCCCGGUGUAAGUGAAUAUUUCUUCUUCUUCUUUAUUCUUUUUCCUCUAUAUACUUUCUUUUGAGUUGUUCUCAAUUUGAGGUUAAUUAAUAUAUUUUUUGUCUUUACUCUUACAUGGAAGCCAGUUGUCAGAGGAGCAGGCUUUCUGUUACAACCUUCCUUUUGUAACUCUUGCUAGUCUUCAUUAGCACCGUAGCAUUCUUGGACAUAACGAAAUUGACAUCCUUCUCUUCUUUCUCCAAAACUACUCAUUUUCCUCUACAGCGAGGUGAUGGGAAAGGAGGCUCUGGUUGUCUGUGGAGAGCAGAGGAAGGCAGGGAUAACAGUGUGGGAUCUAGAGACUGGUGAUGUUCUUCUUCGGAUUUUGACGAGUGGUUCGCAACCCCAUGGCCUCCUCUGCCUUCAGAAUCGUGUCCUUGUUGCGUCUCAGCUCCAGAAGGACAGGCCCUUUGGAUGUGGAUCCAUCUUCUUCUGGCACCUCAACAAGAUUCAAGCCGCACGAGUAAGCUAUCCAAUGGAGGCAAUUGGACCCAUUGCUAGUACUAGGGAUGGUGUAUAUCUUGUUGGUGGAGCUCCUUCAGGAAAUGCAUAUAUAUGGGAGGUCACAAGUGGAAGAUUGCUCAAAAAAUGGCAUGCCCAUCAUAAGCCUUUGUGCUGUUUAACCUUUUCUCAUGAUGAUUCAUUUGUUGUAUCUGGUGCUGAGGAUGGCACAAUGUGUGUAUGGUUACUGAUCAGUUUACUGCACACUGAAGACCCUCAAUGUGGCGGAAGCGUGCCUUCGCUUCAAAAUUGGUCAGAGCAUUGUUCCUCCAUAACUGGUUUUGUGUCAGUAUCUGGUGGAUUUGGUCCCGCACUACUGUCAAGCUCCCUUGAUGGACGAUGCAUGGUAUGGGACCUCGUUUCAGGAAGACUACUGCAAAACCAUGUAUUUUCAGAUGCUAUCACCGCAAUUGCCAUUGAUCCAGGAGAGCAGCUGCUGUUUGCUGGAAGAGAAGAUGGGAAGAUAUAUGUCAAUGCGCUUGAUCUUGGUCUCCAAGAAAACCAAAUCACGAUUUCAGAAGAUGAAUCUGGAGUGUUGUUCGGACACGAAGGCCCCAUCACUGCUCUAGCUUUCAGUUCAGGAGGAUCAUUCUUGAUCUCUGCAUCAGAGGAUUGCACCGCUUGUCUCUGGGAUGUACAGAGUUGGCAACUCAUCCGAAGGUUUACUCACGAAAAAGGUCAUAUAACAAACUUAAUAGUGAUUCCAAAGUCAUCUCUCUUAGCAACAAAGGAAAACCAGGGACUUCACCUUCAGCCUAAAUUUUCUAAAUUGGAAAAGACUUGUCAACUGAGUAAUGCACAAACAGGGAUAGUCACUCUUCUAUCAGGAUAUAAUUUUCAUGAAGGUCAUCCCUCUGCCACCUAUUCGCUGUCGUCCAGUCUCCUAAACAAGCAAAUUCUUGACACCGAGCAUGGAAGGACACCCGAGAUGAUCCAAGUGAAGAUUGGAACCAGCAUUGAGAACCGGUUAUGGAUCUUUAACAUGACGAAGCACAUAAACUCCAUAAAUCAGCACUUGCAGUCACGGGUUAUAGAUAUGGUGCAUCAUCGGUUAGUUAGUGAUGAUGCCAUGAUUGUUCGUCGGAGGAGAGGAAAAGCUAAGACCGGUGAUCUUCAGGAAAACCAAGAGUCUCCUUCAUGAAGUAGGAAAAACCUUAUGCUACUGAAGCUAUUUCACUGUAAGUGUUGUAAGAGUGUCCUUUUUUCACUUAAAAUUUGCAUGUUAUAUUGAGUUUGUCAUGCUCCUCAUACACAUUCAAGAAUAUGAAGAAUCAACAUAUACAUCAUAUUCUGAUAUACUUGAUGAAUUUAUCUUUAAAUUGAUGUCCAAAUCUUGGAUUGAUUGACUAUACUAAAUGCUCCAUCUACCUGUAAACAUAAAAUGCAACAUAUAACUAUAAACAUGAAAAACAAUCAAAGGAAAUACAAUAUCAAGCAAACAAAAAGAUUAUUAUAAAAAUGUUGAAGCCUAGCUUUUGAAUACGAGGCAAAAAGAUAGUCCAAUUGAUUGGAAAUGCCUUGGGAAGAUUUUGGGGGUGUUUCAUGUUGAAUUAAAACUACCACAUCAUCAAUGAUUGAGAUCUACUAACAGUAUAUGAGAAGUAAAUAAGGCUUGGUUUGCCACACUCUUGGCUUGUGUGCCAUUGACGCAACAACUACUUAAGCCAUAUGCUAUGAUACGUGUAUGUUGAUCAUCAAGAUUGCACUCGUCUAGAUGUGUGUCAUGUCAGCAGAACAUCAAUCAAAGAUAUGAAAGGACACAAAGCCCCGUUUACUCAUAUAUGAAAGCAGCUUGGCGCAACUAAUUUAUUGUUAAUUGAACCAGGAUUUAAACCCUCAACAAAU